AUGUCCACAAAAGCACUAACCUUCCACUGCCACUGCCGCUCCGCCCACUUCACCCUGACCGUCCCGACCUCCUCCCUCCCACUCCGCGCCCACCUAUGCCACUGCACGCUCUGCCGCACAACCCACGGCACGACCGCCUCCUACCACGCCGCAGUGCCUGAAGGAAUAAAACCGUCUUUUAUCGCUCCCUCCAGCUGGGAUAGCUUAACCGCAUACUCCCCGCCAAACAGCGGAGCGACGCUAUACUUCUGCAGCACGUGCGGGUGCCAGGUUGGCGGGACGAAUGUACACGGGAUCUGGGAUGCGGUUGUCUCGAUUGUUGAGGGUGGGAAUGAUGAUGGGGAGGGAGGGGCGCUCUGGGUAAUCGAUGAGCAUAUCUACACUGAGAAAGGCUCGACGGGUGAUGGGGGGAUCGCGGAGCUCCUGCCCGCAAUCGGUAAGAGGGAAGUGAGGAUUUGGAAUCCGGAGGACAGGGGGACGGAGUUUCCUGAUACUCCUAAUGCUGGUGCCGCCAGGAAGGACGACACCCUCCUCGCGCAAUGCAACUGCGGCGGCGUCUCCUUCACCAUCUCCCGCCCGCGCGAAUCCUUCAUCAACUCCCCCGCAAACAGCAAGGGAUGGAUCCACCCGUCCGAUAAAACCAAAUGGCUAGCCCUACUCGAUGUCUGCGAUGACUGCCGUCUCCUUACAGGCGCACACGUGAGCACCUGGCUCUUCGUGCCAAUCGACCACAUCACGCCUCCCCUCCCGGAAAGCCUGUCCAUCGGAAGCAUGAAGCGGUACGACUCGACGCCGGGGUCCGUCAUCCGGACAUUCUGCGGGACCUGCGGCGCGACGGUGCUUUGCUUUUACGGCAAGCGGGGCGGGAUUGUUGAUGUUGCGACGGGGAUUCUGCGCGCGCCGGAGGGGGUUAUGCUGCGUGAGUGGGCUGUUUGGAGGACGGCGAGGCUGGGGUUUGCGGAGGAUGGGAUGAAGUAUGAUAGGGCGUUUACGGAGGCGUUGGAGGAGGGGGCGAAGGAGUGGGGGAGGAGGGUGCAUGGGGGGGUUGUUGAUUUUCCUGGUGGACCGGCGGAUGAUUAG